CCUGAAGACUAGUUUCGCUCAAAAAGAAAAAAAAAUCUGAAGACUAGUAGACCUAAAGCCCCAUUCUGACUUCUCUGCCCUCCGGCCUAGCCGCCGGCGGAGAUAGAAAAUAAUGGCGGCGGCGGCGGUCGGGGAAGGCGACAACGUCGCGCCGGAGACCACCAGAGUGGAGGCGGCUUCUCAGCCACAACCGCGCGCCUCCCCCGGCUCCACCCCCGGCGCCAUGCCGUUCAAGGAGUGCGUCGCCGGCAUCUCCUCGGCUCUCAAACAUCCGACGGUGCGGUUCCUGAAGGAGCGGAUGGAGAAGGCCGGAUGCCCCGUGUUUCCGGGGAUCAUCAAGGCGUCAAUCUGCUCCAGUGCUGGUGGCUACGCUAGCCGCCAAGGGGUAAAAGUUUGCUGUAAUCACAUGCUAUAUCAAGAUAGUAUAGAACAGACCAUAAUUCAUGAGUUAAUACAUGCUUACGACGAUUGUGUUACCAAGAACAUGGACUUGAAGAACUGCGCUCACCAUGCUUGUUCUGAGAUUCGAGCUAAUCACCUUAGUGGAAAUUGCCAUUACAAACGUGAAUUGUUGAAAGGCUUCAUGAAGAUCAGGGGGCAUGAGCCAGAAUGUGUCAAAAGACGUGUUCUGGAAUCUCUCAGGAGCAACCCUUACUGCUCGGAGACGGCCGCAAAAGAUGCACUUGAGGCUGUGUGGGAUAUAUGCUACAAUGACACACGGCCAUUUGAUAGGGCUCCAUGAAGUGCAAGUGUGUUGGGAUAGUUUUGUUUCCCCUCAUAUUGUAGUUCAGUAAAAGAGUCGCAAUAAAGUCUAGAAUUUUUGCGCCAGAGCAAAACUGUGUCACGAAAUGAGUCCCAACAAUGUAACAGGUUAUUUCAUGUAAUUUAAUUCUUUCACAUGAGACACUGUGACAGUUAAAUAAUAUCCUUCGAAAAAAGAACUUGAUGUUACUGACUCA